CGCUCCCCUCCGCGCGCCCCGCCUCCCUCCGUGGCUCUUCCGACGUACGGACCUGGGUGGCGUCCGGUAGAAUCCGACCCCUUUGCCGGCCCUUCCCGGCUGGACGCGGCCUGGAGCUCAGCCGUCUUCUCCCCUGCUUGGCGCCGCCGAGGCCCCGCGUUUGCUUUGGUUCGGGAUUCGCUCUGCUCCGAGACGGUGCUUUGAGGGGUCCUCACCCGUGGCGCGCCAGCCUGAAAACCAGAACCUAUGGCUCUCUUUGCAGUUUUUCAGACAACAUUCCUCUUGGCAUUGCUGUCCUUGAGAACUUACGAAAGUGAAGUCUUAUCUGAACCUUUACCAUUAACUCCUGAAUCGCUGAAAGUUUCUGUCAAUUCUACGUGUCAGUGUUUGCAUUUACAAUGGACUGUCCACAGCCUCGCUUAUCAUCAGGAAUUGAAAAUGGUUUUUCAGAUACAGAUCAGUAGAUUUAAAACAUCCAAUGUCAUCUGGGUGGAGAACUACAGCACCACUGUGAAGCGGAACCAAGUCCUGCAUUGGAGCUGGGAAUCCGAGCUCCCUCUGGAAUGCGCGGCACACUUUAUAAGAAUGAGGAGUAUGGUGGAUGACGCCAGGAUUCCCAAGCCAGGGUUCUGGAGCAACUGGAGUUCAUGGGAGGAAGCAGAUGCACAGAAUAUGCUUGGACAUGAUCCAUUGUUUGUUUUCCCUAAAGAUAAGCUGGUGGAAGAAGGCUCCAACGUCACCAUUUGUUACGUUUCUAGGAUCCAUCAAGAUAACAUAUCCUGUUAUUUGGAAGGUGUACAGAUAUAUGGAGAACAGCUUGAUCGAAGUGUGUCUGCAUUCGAGUUGAAGAAUGUGUCUUUUAUUAGGGAAAAAGGGACAAAUGUCUUCUGUAAGGUGGACCAGGGAGGUGUUUUGGGAGGCAUCGUUCUCUUUGUCUCAAAAGUGCUUGAAGAGCCCAAGGACUUUUCUUGUGAAACCCAGGACCUCAAGACUUUGACCUGUACUUGGGAUCCCGGGAGCGACACUGGCUUGACUAAACAGCCUUCCCAAAGCUAUACUUUAUUUGAAUCAUUUUCCGGAAAAAAGACACUUUGUAAACACAGAAACUGGUGUGAUUGGCAAGUAGCUCAAGACUCACAAGAAACUUUUAACUUCACACUCCUGGCUGAAAACUACUUAAGAAAAAGAAGUGUCAGUAUUCUUUUUAACCUGACCCAACGAGUUCAUCCAAUGACUCCCUAUAACUUAUUACCUAAAAAUGUUGGUGCCACAAAAGCCACCAUGACCUGGAAGGUACACUCUAUUGGAAACAAUUCCACACUUUUGUGUCAGCUUGAACUCCUUGCUGAAGGAAAAGUGAUACAACAAAGCAAUGUUUCCAUCAAGGUGAAUGGUGAGUACCUCUUAAGUGAACUGGAGCCUGACACAGAAUAUGUGGCCCGAGUACGCUGUGCUUAUACCAACCACUUCUGGAAAUGGAGUGAAUUGAUUAGUCAAAAAUUCAACACAGCUGAAGCUGCUCCCUCAGAGGCUCCCGAUGUCUGGAGAAACUUGAAGCUGGUGUCGGGACAUCCUACUGUGAGUUUAUUCUGGAAGCCACUAUCAAAAGUGCAUGCCAACGGGAAGAUCCUGUUCUAUAAUGUAAUUGUAGAAAAUCUAGACAAGCCAUCCAGGUUCGAGGUCCUCUCCAUCCCUGCUCCCGCCAGCAGCACAGAACUAACCCUCGAUCAGUGUUCUUACCAAAUCCAUGUCACAGCUCACAACAGUGUGGGUCCUUCUCCUGCUUCCGUAAUUGUUGUUUCUGGAGACCCUGGAAACGAAGAGGUUGAAAAAGGAAGAGUUAACGGCACAGAGGAUGGAUUUUCUGUGUCUUGGAAACCCCAAUCCGGAGAUGCCACAGGCUAUGUUGUGGAGUGGUGUGAUGGUCCCCAGGACCUGCCCUGUGUUCUCCAGUGGAAAAACCUAGGCCCCAAUACCACAAGCACAGUCAUUCGCUCGGGUGCUUUUAGACCAGGGGUUCGAUACAACUUCAGAAUUUAUGGAAUUUCUACCAGAAGGAUGGCUCAUUUAUUAGAGAAAAAAGCAGGAUACUUGGAGGAACUGGCUCCUUCAGACAACCCUCAAGUGGUCAUGAGUAAGUUGACCUCCCGCUCCUUCACUCUGAGUUGGAAGGAUUAUUCCACUGAAUCCCAACCUGGCUUUAUACAAGGAUACCAUGUCUACCUGAAACCCAAGGCGGGGGAGCAGUGCCACCCGGCAUUUGAAAAGACAGUUCUUCCAGAGGAUUCAGUUUGUUGCAAAUACACAAUUGACAACCCGGAACAAAAGACAUUUGUUGUGGAAAAUCUACAGCCGGAAUCCGUCUAUGAGUUUAUCGUCACUCCUUACACAAGUGUUGGCGAGGGUCCCCUGGAUGCCUUCACAAAGGUCACAACUCUGGAUGAAUACUCCCAUACACUGAUACACAUCAUCCUGCCCAUGAUUUUCUGCAUUUUGAUCGUCAUGAUAAUUUGCUACUUAAAAAGUCAGUGGCUGAAGGAGAAGUGUUAUCCUGAUAGUCCAAACCCUUACAAGAGCAGUGUCCUGUCAUUAAUAAAAUCCAAGGAGAAUCCUCAUCUAACAAUAAUGUAUGUCAACGACUGUGUUCCAGAUGCUAUUGAAGUUAUAAACAAGCCCGAAGGGAGUAAGAUACAGUUCUUAGGCACUAGGAAGUCACCCACAGAAACUGAAUUUACUAAGCCUGCCUACCUUUACCUCCUUCCGACGGAGAAGAACUACUCUGGCCCUGGACCUUGCAUCUGUUUUGAGAACUUCACCUAUAAUCAGGCAGCUUCUGACUUUGCUUCUUGUGGACAUUUCCCAGUAACCCCUCAAGCCCCACGACAUCAGCUGGGACCACUGACUUCACCUGAAAAUUUACUAAAGGCACUGGAACAAAACUACAUGAAUUCCCUGGGAGAAAUCCCAGCCGGAGAAGCUAAUUUGAAUUAUGUGUCCCAGUUGGCUUCACCCACCUCUGGAGACAAGGACAGCCUGCCAACAAAUCCACCAGAGCCAGCACUCUGUUCAGAGUAUAAAAUGCAAACGGCCAUACCCCUGGGUCUUGCCUCCGCUCCCCCAAGUGAGAACAGCAGCCUCUCCUCCACUACCCUUUUAGGUCAAGGGGAACACUGCCGCUAAGCAGUGUACCCAUUUCGUAUCCUUACGCUACACAGAUCCUAGGAGCAGCAUAGCUGGCACCAUUCCAUCACCAGAUACCUCAGGGCUUAAUCCCAGUGAGCUAUCAUCACCAUUGUCAGGUCUGAUUGAUUUAUAUAAUCUUGCUAGGUUUUGAAGGUCAGAAGCUAUGAAACUUAACAUUCAUCCUUGGAGCAGGCUCACUGUAGAAAUGGCAGGAUCAUGGGAACAGGCUUACCUUGCUGCUGCGAGUUCCACGUUCACCUUUGCAACAGCAGACUUGGCACUUGACAAAGGGAUAGACCCCAUCCACUCAGUACUGGACAGGUCCUUGAAGUUCAGUUUUUAGUAAGAAAGUACUUCCAUUAAGUUUUACCCCACAUUUAAUAUCUCAAGAGUAAAGGAACUAGACUUCAGGCUUUAAUAAAGGCUACAGAAGAUUCGUUACUGGAGCAUAAACUGUCAAUGUUAAUUUAUUCUGGGUGUGUUUAAUGAAGUCGCAGAUAUUUGAGACCAAAACAGAUUUUAGACUUGCCUUGAAGUGAUGAUAAUUUGUAGUUCAUUGAUGUAGUAAAAUGAACUCUUCCUAUUAGACCUUAUCUAAUAGGUAAGACAUGCGAAUGAAUCGAUGAGAUCCCCACAAUUGUCCUGUUUAGUUUACCACGGUUAAAGAGUGGGACUGGCAUGGAACCCCUGCCUCAGCGUCAAGAUUAUAGCACUCCUACUUAGUAGGCAUGUCUUCUACCACAACUUUUGAUGACUACCUCAGAACAGAUAAAAGGAUAAUGUCAUUAAUUCCAUUCACAUUUAUGGUUCCUCUUUUUUUCAAGAACUCUGGUAUAUAAAUGACCUAUUUUCAGUAAGCAUCUUUUGGACUCUGCAGUAGGCUGUCUGGGUCAAGAUAAUGCCUUCACUGGCUCCUUAUAUUCCUAUUAUGCUAACAUAAUAAAGUGAAACCUCAUUGUUGAACAUCAUUUAGAUAUAACUGCAAAAGGCUAAAUGGAGUGGGAACUCCUGUAGUGGCUCAGCAGCAGCUUUGUCCCUUUGAACCAAUAUAUGCAAAGCACAUACCUGGUACAUAGUAGGUGUUCAAUCAUGCUAGAGUUCUUUUCACUUCUUUCUGCCCGACAACCCUUAAUGUUUACUUACCACACUUCUAAACAAGCAUAAUUAGGGGCUCCUUUUUCUUUGUUGUGGUGGACAUGACGCUGCCUGUGCUUCUGGUACCGAAUGCCCUGCGCUGUGCCAUUCCACACUAUGAAGAAUGAGAGAGAAGGAGCCACAGCUGAAAGGAAGAUGGCUGUCAACUGACCUAAAUAUACACAAACCCGGACUUCUGUUCAGGCUUUUCAACUUUUUCCUUCUAUAUAACUAAGCCUUUGGCUGAAUAAUGGGCUAUGUACACCUAACAUAGUACAAACAAGUAUCUUGAUUAAGAGUUCUGAGAAGACUCUGGGGCCAGUAUUGUUAUCAUUUAGCCUCUUUGAGUUUGUCAUGAUGCAAUUAUAAAAGUACAUAGAAACAUCAAUGACAGUGAUGAUUGAUUUGUAAAUAGUAUCUUUCAUAAAGAUUUUCUUUAAAAAAAAUAAUCCACAAAACCUUGAAGGCAUUUUUGUUGCAAUAAGCUUUAAUUAAAAUAUUUCACCAUUGCAUUAUUUUG